CGGUAUAUUACAUGUUCGGCAUUAUCAAAAAAAAUUGCCAUGCAUGUAAUAGACGACAACGUGCUUGCAUAUGGUCAACGAAUAACACAACAGUAUGUGCUCGCUGCACGAAGCACAACCUGAAAUGCAUUCCAUUAGAAGAAGACUACGAUAGCGACAUUGACGAUGACGUUUCAUCAAAUAAAUUUGCUGCUAAAACGAUUGAAUACUGGCAACAACAAAUCACUCAACUAGAAAGUAGCAUGCAAGAGCUAGAAGUCAACGCAUGUCAUCUUGUAAAUCGUAAUCAUGACAACGACGAUUAUAACCUUGCCGACAGCAGCCAGUCGCGAGCAACCUGCAAAAGUGUCAUACACAGCAAAAAACGACAACAGAAGGAUUACGAAUGGAAGUUGAGUAUCAAAGACGGAUUGCUCAAGCUCCAUUCCAGAGUGGAUACUAUCGAAGAUCUUUUACAAUACGGUCUCGCUUUCACCAAGUAUUUGGCACCAUACGAGGGUGUGAUCCGAAAGUCGCUGAUAAAUAUCAAAAACAUGUCGCACAGCUUGAUUUUACAAGUUUUUUGCUUUGUAUAUACGAUGAGCGGGAGAUUGGAAGAACGAUCAAAAUCCUACAACCUACUCGGCGAUAUACAUCUUUAUCGUCAGCAUCAAAACCACCAGCCAUCAUCGUGCCAAUCCAAACGUGCCCUGCGACAAUCGUAUCUACAAAUCCAUUACCGAUCAAUUAUCGAUCAUCUUAUCGUUAUAUACACCAAUUAUGGAAAUUCACGUCGACUUUUUCUCCACAUACCCGCCUUCCUCAAGCAUUACCACAACCUCAAAGACCCAUUAAAGUGUCCAAUUACGCUGGCCGUUUGCAUUCACACCCUUUGCACUUCACGGCGAGUCAUCUCCAAAUCUGCGGCAGAACGACGCGAAAUAGCCGAUUUCUUUUAUUCAAGAUGCAAGGAUAUCCUGUAUGACAUGUUCGAUGAUUCAACGCGAAUUUUAGAGACGGUUAUCGCAAUUAAUCUAUUACAGUACUAUGACAUAUUCGUUCUAUUGCGGUUCGACGAAGCACGACGGUGGAGUACAAUCGCGUACAACCUUUGCAAGGAUCUGGAAGCCAUAUUUGGAAAAGAUACACUUGAGCCCAAACAACGACAGCAAACACAUGUCCCGCCCGAAAUGCAAAGGUCAUUAUUCAAACGACAUCUUCUCUAUGCCGAAAACACACUCCAGUUUCUAGAUUGUAUGGUGGACGGAAGUAUCUACAUCAAUAAUUCUCCAAAGCAAGAAAUGAAGGUCACAUACAUGGAGCCGAUGCCAGGCGAAGAUUGUGCUACGUACGAACUGUUGGAAACCCAUAAUCAAUUACUGAAACUGUGCACGAAUCCGUACAUGACAGCUGUUACUACGCAUAUGAAAAAGAUGGAUAUGUCGACGGCGUGCGAUCCAGAGCUUUCUUUGGACAUCUUAGUACAGCUACACAACACCAUCCAAGACUGGUGGACCGCACUGCCAACACAUCUGCGACUCUGUGACGACCUAUAUGGGAACGACGCAGUGAAUGCAGUUGAAAAGAACGAGUCGAUACCUAAGGCAGUCAUAUUUUCGUUUGUUCAUUCAAUAUUGCUCAAGAUAUACACUUUUGUUUUGGAAAUGGAAUACAUACCAUCAAGGAGAGCAGCACUUGAACAAGACGAUGGUGACGACAUGACCCCUCUGAAUGAAAAGACACAUUUAUACAACCGUGCAAGGUCAAGUGCAAGAAUACAGUCAUGUGAAUUAUUGAUUGGCGCUGUGAAACGAAUAUUCACUCUGCAUGAUGAUAUAUUUCCAUUCAUGCUGGAGUUCAUUUCAAGAAUGUUAUACGCAUUACUUACCGUGUCCAACUGUUCAAAGAGUGCCUUUUCUACCGAUCUUCGUGAAAAUUUCAGAGAAUGUUAUGGCAACAUGCUUAAGGUGUUUCCAUCUGAUAAUAUCGUACCUGCAUCGAUAUCGCCGCUUGCUGCCUAUUAUCAAACAUUCCAGCUUAGCAACACUGACAUCUAUCAAAAUUAUCCCCUUCCUGGAUAUGCGCUACUUGCCGAUUUGCUUACGGCUGGCCAGAAUUACCCCUUCCAACAGCCCAUGUAUGGUGAUUUGGCUAGUUUCACCGAUUCAGCUUUUUUUAUGUUCCGUUGAUGCACUCUGGUCUAUCUUCAACAUUGACGUAGUUAUUGUAGGGAAGUUUCUGGUCGGAAUUCAUUUUUAUUAAAGUAUACAAUUAUAAAUAACUGCCAAUACAAGGGUUUAUGGCACACCGAUGAUUUAACUAUGGACACCCAGUCACUAGGGAGGACUAUGCAGAACUUGUCAUAGGAUUACAG